CCCACCUCUUUGCAGGUUCUGCCCCUUUGGCUUCACUGCUAUCAAUAGCCAACACCCUACAUAUAAAAGUCAACCCAUCGUCCUUUUAGCUUUUAGAGGCAGUGGCGGCAUCAACCAGAAAAAUGUCUACAAGCAAAAGUAAGAAGUUCUACGACCUGGCAGCAAAGCUCCUAACCGGAGAACCUUUUAAUUUCGCGUCUCUUCAGAAUAAAGUGGUGCUUAUCGAGAAUGUGGCGUCUCUUUGAGGCACAACCACCAGGGACUACACCCAGAUGAACGAACUCCAUGAGCGAUACGCUGACAAGGGGCUGGUGAUUCUGGGAGUGCCCUGCAAUCAAUUCGGACAUCAGGAGAACUGCAAGAACGAAGAGAUCCUGAUGUCCUUGAAGUAUGUCCGUCCAGGAAAUGGCUUUGAGCCCAAGUUCCAGCUCCUUGAGAAGGUUGAUGUGAAUGGGAAGGACGCUCACCCCUUGUUCGUGUAUCUGAAGGAGAAGUUGCCGUUUCCAAGCGAUGAGGCCACAGCCUUGAUGAACGACCCAAAGUGCAUCAUCUGGAGUCCAGUUUGCAGAAAUGACAUCUCCUGGAACUUUGAGAAGUUCCUCAUUGGGCCAGACGGAGAGCCAUUCAAGCGCUACAGCAGAAGUUUCUUGACCAGCAACAUUGAGGGUGACAUUAAGAAGCUUCUAGACAUGGCAAAGUAAUCCAUCCCAGUGAAAAUCAAGACAAUGAGUUGUUAGCAUUUCAAGCUUGUCACACCUUGGAAAAUAUGAAUUGGCCUUAAUACAAAGCAGACUGGACUUUCCACUGCAAUUAAUAAAAUAAAUAUCCUCAUGCAAAUUUAGUACCUGUGUGGUAGCAGCACUAGCAUCCAUUGUCCUUUCAAAUCAUAUGCCAUGCUCUUAAUGUGCAAAAUGCUGCUGUGUUCUGAACUUUUAUUAAAUGAAGACAUCCUUUGAAACCAAACCUUUUGUGAGAGGGAUAUCUGAUGUAAUAUAAAAGUCUUAAUAAUAGUUGCACUGGGCCAUAUAGAGCAUAGCUGUGUUUUACAAGUUGACCAAAUAAAUGUUCUUGACUUUA